GCCGCGCGCACAUCUCCGCUGUGCUCCGGUGCUUUCGGAUACGCGCUCUGUCCAUCCCGCCUCCUCCGACACAAACAGGAUAAACUUGGCGACCCGAGUGCAGCGUCUGCGACCAUCAGACCAUCAGAACAUUAGAACUGACCUCCACAUGUGCCUCUACACUGCCCCCUGUGGCCUGUGAGUGGUGCUGUUACUGCCCCAUGUCACCUCUAGUGGACAUUUUGUGAACUACAGAAUGUGGACUGACCCAAGCGCCUGACCAAAAAACACCGGAUCUGUUUAACACGCGCGUGUUUGAGCUGCGAUGGAGAGGAGGAGACUGUUAGCAUUGGUGUUCCUGGGCGUGGCGGUGUUCCUGAGCGGUCCUGGGUCAGGACUGAGGUCUGGGCUCAGGAGGACUUCGUUGGGGCGCUCUCGGGGGUCUGGGGUACUCACUGGACACGAUGCUAAAGGAGCACCUCUACGGAGAUCCAAGCGAGGGUGGAUGUGGAACCAGUUCUUUCUGUUGGAGGAGUACACGGGCACAGAUAUGCAGUAUGUGGGCAAGCUCCACUCAGACGGCGACCGUGGCGACGGCAGUGUGCGCUACGUGCUGACAGGAGAUGGCGCUGGAACGCUGUUUAAGAUUGACGAAAAGUCCGGAGACAUCCACGCCACUAAACGCCUGGACCGUGAGGAGAAGGCCUACUACGUCCUGCACGCCAAAGCCGUCAACCGCUUUACCAACAUCGCCCUGGAGGGGGAGUCAGAGUUCAUCAUCAAGAUCCACGACAUCAACGACAACGAGCCACGCUUCACCAAAAACCCGUACUACGCCCGAGUGCCAGAGAUGAGCGAGAUCGGUACAUCGGUGAUCCAGGUGACGGCCACAGACGCAGACGACGCCACCUACGGGAACAGCGCCAAAGUGGUGUACAGUAUUCUCGAGGGACAGCCGUACUUCUCUGUGGACCCCGAUACAGGCCUGAUAAAGACGGCGCUCCCGGGGAUGGACCGUGAGGUGAAGGAGCAGUACCAGGUGGUGAUCCAGGCCAAAGACAUGGCGGGGCAGAUGGGGGGUUUGUCUGGGACCACCACCGUCAGCAUCACCCUGUCCGACGUCAACGACAACCCACCACGAUUCACCAAGGCGCUGUACGAGUUCCGAGUGCCCGAGUCGUUGGAGCUGGGGGCACCCGUGGGUGCUCUGCGGGCGGUGGACGCGGACAUCGGGGAGAAUGCGGACAUGGAAUACCGCAUCACCGGGAGCGACGGGCCCGGAAUGUUUGACAUCUCCACCAACAAGAGCAACCAGGAGGGGGUGCUGCGCCUUAGGAAGCCUUUGGACUUUGAGAGGAAGCGUCAGUACAGCCUUCGUAUCCAGGUGGAGAAUGUUCCGGUGGGUUCCAGGUUAAUGUCAGCAGGACCCUUCACCGAUGAGGCGUCUGUGAAGGUGGUGGUGGAGGACGUGGACGAGCCGCCAGUGUUUGAACGCAGUCAUUACAUCCUGGAGGUCAAAGAGGACGCACCCAGAAACACUGUGAUCGGGUCUGUGAGUGCAGCUGACCCAGACGACAAGAGGAGCCCCGUCAGGUAUUCGAUCGACCGGCGCACGGACAUGGACCGAGUGUUUAAUGUGUACGCAGGAAACGGUUCCAUCUUUACCCUGAGAGAACUGGACCGCGAGGAGAACGCCUGGCACAACAUCAGUAUCAUCGCCACCGAGUUUAACAACCCUCGCCUGGUCAGCCGUGUGCCCGUCUACAUCCGAAUCCUCGAUGUCAACGACAACCCUCCCACCUUUGCCGCCAACUACGAGACGUUUGUGUGCGAGAACGCUAAAGCUAACCAGCGCAUUCAGACGAUCAGUGCCACAGAUCCAGAUGAGCCUCUGGGAGGACAUCGCUUCUUUUUCAGUUUGGCCCAAGAGGCAGCGGGAAAGGCCAACUUCUCUGUGAGAGAUAACAAAGAUAACACCGCUUGGAUCCUUACGCGCAGAAACAGUUACAACAGCCUUCAGAUGAGCGUGUACUAUGUUCCCGUGGUGAUAUCGGACGGAGACUUCCCCAUGCAGAGCAGCACGAGCACGCUCACAGUCAAAGUGUGCACAUGCGACCGAGAGGGGAACAUGAAACUGUGCAACGCGGAGGCCAUGACGGCUCGAGCGGGUCUGAGCACCGGGGCUCUGGUGGCCAUCCUGCUGUGUGUCAUCAUACUGCUGAUGAUCGUUGUGCUUUUCGCUGCGUUGAGGAGACAGAGGAAGAAGGAACCUCUAAUAAUCUCCAAAGAGGAUGUGCGUGACAACGUCGUGAGCUACAAUGACGAGGGUGGAGGAGAGGAGGACACCCAGGCUUUCGACAUCGGAACGCUGCGAAACCCGGAAGCUAUCGAGGACAACAAGCAACGGCGUGACAUCAUUCCCGAAACCUACUACAACCCCCCCGUACGACGCAGCAUCCUACCCCCUCCUCGUGACAACAACGGAGACGUACGGGACUUCAUCAACCAACGUUUACAGGACAACGACACCGACCCAACAGCGCCCCCAUAUGAUUCGUUAGCAACCUACGCUUAUGAAGGGAACGGCUCUGUCGCAGAAUCGCUUAGCUCCUUGGAAUCGGUGACUACGGAUGGUGAUCAGGACUACAACUACUUAAGCGAAUGGGGACCGAGGUUUAAGAAACUGGCUGAUAUGUACGGAGGAGAUGAUAGUGACAGGGAAUCGUAACAAAAAUCCUGAAUAUUCGUGACACUUGGCUAUGGAAACGAGGAGGAAGGGAGCAGUUCUGUUUUCGAAGUGCUCUUUUGAAACGCGUCAGUGUGCGUGAGGUGGCAACGUAGACAUCGUGUGUUAAAUCAGUGUUAUAGUUUUUUGCAAAGGACAAAGUGAAAACAAGACUCUUUUUGGGUUUAUUUUGUGUAAAAACAUUGGCGGACUUGAGCGUUGAACGUUGCAUCUUUGUUCAAUUGGAUUUUUGCUCCAUCGCUGCGACUGUCGGACACUGGGAAAGCGGUUUUGUAAAAGCAGACAUGAAUACGCCUAUGUAUUUUUCAGUGUUCCUGGGACUAAACUAAAGCUGCGUAUCGUGAACUAGCUUGUGUCCGUACGGUUAUCGACAAACACACUGUACAGUUGUUUAUUUUUUAAAAGGACUUUCUAUGGUUUGAAUCAUUCUUGUGUU